AUGUUCCGCACUCCAGCGAAAAAUCAAGACGAGGCCCCCGUCCCGGUGACAGACAAGACCUUCAACAUUGACACCUCACCUAAGAGAAUCUCAAAGGUGAGGAAGAGUAUCGGAGAUUGGGAGGCCGGGAAUACAGAAGAAAAAGACAAAGAAAAACGCGUUCGCUCGCCUCAAAAAAUAGCGGACACGGAGACAGCUGCAAAAAGGAUGAUUCAAACAAAGAUAACAAAAGUAGCGGAACAAUCACAAUCACAGCCGCUACCUGCCAAAAAAUACCUAAACAAUCAAACAGAAGCAAAGGCAUGCGUGGCAAAAAUUAACUACUGUUUAAGUGUUACGCGAAAUACUAAGACAGAAAUAAAGCAAGACAUACACGAAGCAGCAGAGAGAUUGUAUCAUCUAUUUUUGGAAGCGGAACAGAAAAAGGAACAAGGAAGCAAAGUAAGGAAAGAACAAGUGGAAGAAAAGGGAGAAAAAGAAACGGAAAAGGACCAAAGAAGAAGAGAAACAGAUAUAAUUAUGAAAAUGGAAAAAUACUCCGAGCUGCUAAAAGAAAAUAGCGCAAAAAUGGAAGAAUUAAAUAACAACUUAAAAAAGCAUGCAGAGUUAAAGGAAACGUAUACUUACGCGAGCGUAGCAGCCGGAGGGACGCGACGACCGCCAUCGAGCAACCAGGCCACACACUCGGUGGCGGUCACGUCCAGCGAUGAGUUGGAGACCGGAGAGCAGGUCCUGGAAAAAAUCAGAAAAGCCGUUAAUGCCAAAGACGAAGGGUUAAAGGUCGACAGCAUUCGUAAGGGGAAGGAUAGGAAAGUCAUAGUGGGCUGCAGCACGGAAGUAGAGUUAAACAAGAUUAAGGAUAGAUUGCGGGGUGCUGGCAGCGAGUUAAAGGUAGCGGACAUUAAGAACAAAGAUCCCCUCGUGGUCCUACAGGAUAUCCUGAAGGUCCACGAGGACAAGGAUAUAGUUCAGGCCAUCCGCAGGCAGAACAGGGACCUCCUGUCUGGAUUGAAGGAGGAAGACCUGCGGAUGGAGGUCCGCUACCGAAAAAGGGCCAGGAACGAGCUCACAUGCCAUGUGGUCUUGCGGGUAUCGCCGACGCUAUGGCGUCGGAUGACGGACGCAGAAGCCGUACACGUAGACCUCCAGCGCGUCAGAGUGGCCGACCAGUCCCCUCUAGUCCAGUGUUCCAAGUGCCUGGGGUACGGGCACACGAAGAGGCUAUGCACGGAGUCGGUGGAGGUGUGUAGCCACUGCGCGGGCCCGCACCUCAGGACAGAGUGUUCCAACUGGUUGUCCGGAGAGCCGCCUUCCUGUCGCAAUUGCCACAAGGCAAGAUCCGACAGGAAGGAUCACAGCGCAUUCAGUGUCGAUUGCCCGGCGAACCUGCAAAGGUCCGAAUUGUGCACGGCAGAGUUGAUAAACGAGGCGAGUAAGAGGAAACUCGCGCUCGCGCUGGUCCAGGAGCCAUACAUAGGCAGGAUUGGCGAAAUGAGGCAGCGUCCAGGUAUUCGAAUAGUGCAAUGUGCAGGAAACCGGACCGCUCAGUCGGUGGUAAAAUCAGCCAUUGUACUGUUCGACGACACCAUAGAUGUCUCCCAUUGUCCCGACCUCACCACCUGCAACAUUGCUGUUGCAAAGGUGAGGACCGCGGCGUGGGAGAUUGGGGUGGUGUCGGUAUACCUGGAGCCAGAUAAGCCCAUUGAGCCGUACCUGGACCAGAUCGGCUCUGUCGUGGACAGAUUGGGGAUGGACAACGUGAUACUAGGCGGUGACCUGAAUGCGUGGUGCACGGACUGGGGCAGCCAGAAGACCGACGCGAGGGGACUGGAAGUGGCAGGGAAACUCGACGAGCUGGGGCUACAGCUUCUAAACGAGGGGUCUGAGCCCACCUUUGAUACCAUCCGAGGUAGUAGACGCGUCUGUAGUUGCGUCGACAUCACUGCUUGCACGACCUCUCUCCUGGGGAGAGUGGUGGACUGGCGCCUCGCGGACGUAACCAGUUCGGACCACAGGGCAAUCCUGUUCAGUCUGAAUCUUCGAUUGUCGGUGGGCAUGGACAUACGCUCAUCCACCAGGGAGUACAAUACGCGGAAGGCAAACUGGAGCGAGUUUCGAUUGAAACUCGCUUCCAGUUGGCAAGAGAGAGGCAUAACACCAGCCGAAAUUGAAGGGACCGUAGACCGGGAAAACCUUGAGAGACAGGUGGACCGAUACGUGGAAACCGUGGUGGAUGUAUGCGAGGAAACCAUGCCCAAGAUUGGGAAGAGGAGACGAACAGGAUUGCCUUGGUGGUCCGAAAAGCUCUCUGACCUCAAGGCGAAAGUCUUGAGGUACAAGAGACGGGUACGCUGCGCAGCCCAGGUCCGGAGGGGGUGGGUCGUGCAGCAGUAUGUCGACGCCAAAGACGAAUACCUACGUGAGGUGAGGAGGGCUCAGACUGAGAGUUGGAAGAGCUUCUGCGGACGUCAAACCCGUGAGUCCAUGUGGGAUGGGAUCUACAGAGUGAUUGGCAGAACAACGAAGAGGUCGGAGGAUAUCCCCCUCGUCCGGGGUGGUACAGCCCUGGGCGGGGAGGAAUCAGCCAGGGUGCUGGCGGAAACAUUCUUCCCCGAGGAUUCACUCGGGGAGGAUGACGCGGCCCACACAGAAAUGAGAAGGAUGGCCGAAACAGUAAAUGGGGGGUCACAUAGUGAAGUAUGUGACCCGCCCUUCACUAGGCAUGAGCUCAUGUGGGCCGCGUCAAGUUUCAAUCCCAAAAAAGCCCCUGGCCCCGACGGCCUCACGGCAGACAUCUGCCUGGCUGCCAUCACUCUGGAUCCAGAGUUGUUCCUGGCGAUAGCAAAUCGCUGUUUGGCAUUGGCGUGUUUCCCCAGGAGGUGGAAAGAGGCAGUGGUUGCAGUGCUUAGGAAACCCAAUAAGGAGGACUACACGCACCCCAGGUCAUACCGGCCUAUAGGACUCUUGCCCAUUAUGGGCAAGGUCCUAGAAAAGAUGUUGGUACGGCGGGUCCGCUGGCAUACUGCGCCAAUGAUCAGCCGCCACCAGUACGGCUUCAUGCCGCAACGCGGUACCGAGGACUCCCUCUAUGACAUGAUUCAGCACAUUCGAGCCGAGGUUGAAAAACGGAGGCUCGUUGUGCUGAUAUCAUUAGACAUAGAGGGAGCCUUCGAUAACGCCUGGUGGCCGGCUGUGAGGUGCAGCUUAGCUGAAACUCGGUGCCCCGUAAACCUGAGGCGCCUAUUCGACCACUAUUUUAGUGACAGAAUAGUGCGCGUCAGGUAUGCGGGGUCCGAGUGGACCCGAAAGCCGACAAAGGGGUGCGUGCAGGGCUCCAUUGGGGGUCCUACGCUCUGGAACCUACUGCUGAAUCCACUCCUGGUGGAACUGGGGGAGAUGGGCGUCCGCUGCCAAGCGUUCGCAGACGAUGUGGUUCUGAUGUUCUCGGGCAACAGCACCGAAGACAUACAAGGUGCCGCCAAUGUGGCCCUCGACCAUGUUCAGGGGUGGGGAGUUCGUAAUAAGCUAAAGUUUGCGGCCCACAAGACCCGGGCCAUGGUAUUUACCAGAAAACUAAAAUACGACUCCCCACGUCUGAGCAUGGGAGGGGGACACAUUGAGCUGGUCACUAGUCUGAAGAUCUUGGGGUUGACAGUUGACGAUGGGCUCACUUUUAAUAAGCACAUACAAAAUGUUGCAAUAAAAGUGCAAAAGCUCUAUCGUCAACUGUCAACCGCCGCAAAGAUAUCUUGGGGGCUGAACCCCGAGAUCGUCAGAACCAUAUACGUCGCAGUAGUGGAGCCCAUCGUCCUCUACGCCGCCAGCGUGUGGGCGCCGGCGGCACGGAAGAAGACUACUCAGAAGUUGUUAGACCGGGUGCAGCGCGGGUUUGCUCAAAAAAUCGUAAGGGCCUAUAGGACGGUCUCUCUAAACGCUGCCGUAGCACUCGCUGGCCUGCUUCCUCUGGACCUACGGGUACAAGAAGCGGCCCUUCUUUACGAAGUAAAGAAGGGCCACAGCCAGCGAGUGCUGCGGGACCGAGAUUUGGAGAGACCGACAAAGUACGAAGAGGCCGAGCACCCCGCCCACCUGGAAGGGCUGCAGUUCGACUGCCUGACGGACGGUGACGAAGUUGCCCAGCGAGCUACCGUCGAUGUAAGAAUUUACACCGACGGUAGCAAAAUUGACGGCAGAGUCGGCGCGGCGUUAUCCAUAUGGGAUGGCGCCGCGGAGACCUCCUGCCGGAAAUUAAAGCUGGGGAACUUCUGCACCGUAUAUCAGGCGGAACUGUAUGCCCUAUAUGAGGCCGUGAAAUUUGUUGUUAGGAGCCCCUCAAGGAGGUUUGGCAUUUACUCCGACUCCAGGUCCGCCCUAGAGUCAUUGCGUAGCAUCGAUUCCCUCCACCCCCUCGUAGGGGAAAUAAGGAGAAUGAUGAAAGGUUGUGUGGAAGCGGGGAAGGAAGUAAGAUUGAACUGGAUAAAAGCGCACGUGGGGGUGGAGGGAAACGAGAGGGCGGACCAACUCGCAAAACAAGCGGCAGUCGGAGUAAAGACCAAACCUCACUACGACCAAGUCCCUGUUUCAUUCGUCAAGCGACAACUCCGAUUGGACUCGCUUGACGAAUGGAACAGGCGCUACAAAGAGGGUGUCACGGCCUCGACAACGAGAGUCUUCUUCCCUGACGUCAUAAGCGCCUACCCAGUGCUCCGCAAUCUAGAGUUGGACCCCGUGCUGGUACAAGUUUUAACAGGUCACGGGGGGUUCGCAGAAUACUUACACAGGUUUAAGUGUAGGACGAGCCCCUCGUGCAUCUGCGAUCCGGCACGGGGAGAAUCCGUGCUGCAUGCCAUUGUAGAGUGCCCGGUGUUUGAAGGAAGAAGAGUAGAGCUGGAAAUUGAAGUUAAGGAGAAAUAUAGUGAAUUGGAAACCGAUUCUGAAUCAGAAUACUACACCUACCUCGCACACACAUCACUACCAGAAAGAAAAGAUAAUAAAACACCAACUAGGGAAACAAACACCCUCCACAGCUACAUAGAAGAGGCGAAAUCAGCCCACAAACAAGCCAUUGAUAUACAAAACAAAAAUCCAUUGGUUGUUAUCAGGGAUGUACUAAACUACAACACCGAUAAAGAAAUACUGGCAGCCCUACAGAAACAAAACAAAGAUAUUUUCAAUAACUAUACUGAAACAGACAAAAUGGAAAUCCUCUACAAAAAGAAAGCAAAAAAUCCGCAAACAAAUCAUGUAGUAAUAAGAGUCCCCCCCCAGGUCUGGAAGAGCAUGAUGGAAGCUGGUAAAGUCCGGAUAGACUUACAAAAGCUACGUGUAGAAGACCAAUCACCAUUGAUCCAAUGCUCGACCUGCCUGGGUUAUGGACAUCCCAAACGGUUCUGCAAAGAUAAAGAAGAAAAAUGUAGCCAUUGUGGAGGAUCCCACAAACAAUCUGAAUGUGAAGAAUGGAAAAACAAAUCUGAACCCACAUGCUGUAACUGUAAGCAAGCAAAAGUAAACAACCACAAUCACAACGCAUUCAGCCAGGAAUGCCCAAUAAGAAGAAAAUGGGAACAAAUUGCACGGUCAACAAUAGCAUACUCAUAG